AUGGCCGCAGCUGCAGAUCUGAGGGACGAGUUAAACUGCUCCGUUUGCCUGGAUAUUUAUACAGAUCCUGUAAUGCUACAGUGUGGCCAUAACUUCUGUCUGAGCUGCAUCAAAUCAGUGGUGGCUUCCCAGGGGAACGCUGGAGCUUACACCUGCCCGGAAUGCAGAGUGAAAUUCAAGGGUCGUCCUGCUGUAUAUAGAAACAGGAAGCUGAGUAAUAUUGCAGGGUAUUUUCAUUCUUCUCAGGCAGAACAGUAUGACAGUUGGAUUAUGUGCUCCUACUGCCACUCUCCUGUGCCUGCUGUAAAAACAUGUCUGCAGUGUGAAGCUUCUCUGUGCGAAAGCCACCUCAAGAAGCACACCAGGUCACCAGAGCACAUUUUAUUUGAACCAACCACCUCUCUAGACAGCCGAAAAUGCCCCAUCCACAAGGAGCUGCUAAAGUAUUAUUGCUUGGAGCAUGACACCUGCAUCUGCACGUCCUGCUGCCUGGUCGGAGAGCACAGAGGUCAUCAGGUGGAGAGGCUCAAUGAGACCUCGGAGAAGACAAAGGCAAAACUGGCAAGUAUUCUUUCCAAAAUGACAGCAGGGAGGGAGGAGGUUGUAAAGAACAUCCAGACCCUAACUGAGCAAAUGAGAGACAUUCAGGAAAGAUCAGCCCGUGUAGCAGAUAGAAUCACUGCCUUUUUUGGGGACCUCAGAGAACAUCUGCAACGUAUAGAGAGUCAGAUCCAGCUAGAGAGAUCCCUGCAUCAAGACGAGGCGUUACGCCACAUUUCUAAACUAAUCCAACAGCUGGAAAAAAAGAAAGCCGACCUAUGUGAAAACAUGCGCCACCUUGAGGAGGUUUGUAUCGCAACCGAUCCCCUAACUGUACUGAGAGAAGGUCAGCUGACAUGUCACGAGGAGGAUGUUGAUGAUCAAAAACAAGAUGUUGAGAUCCUCUCUGCGGGUGAUAUGGAUGAUACGGCUAUCUCAAUCACUUUGCAGAGGAACCUUCACAACUUAACGGAUAUCAUAUCCGCUCUCAAGACAAAAAGAGGCUUUUCUGCUUAUGAGGAGACAGAUGUGCUUUUUGAUGUUGGCACAGCUGGCAAUCAUAUCUCUGUAUCUGAUAACCUAAAAACGGCUUUUUAUUGUGUUCAGAGCCAAAGCCGCCCAUGCUCGGCCAACAGAUUCACCAGCAACCAGAUUCUAAGCACCAGAUCCUUCGAUGGAGGCCAACAUUACUGGGAAGUGGAGUCCAGUCAGUCGCGAGGCUGGAGUGUCGGUGUUGCCUAUCCCAGUUUAAAAAGGAGGGGCAUUGAUGCUUGUUUAGGGCUAAAUGAAAAGUCCUGGUGCGUGUGCGUGUCUGGCAAGGACCUGUCAGCCAUGUUUAACUCCAGCACAAACACUAUAGAUCGCCAUUUCCAAAAUGGACCAAUUGGGAUUUACCUAGAUUAUGAUGCGGGGCUUCUCUCCUUUUACAAGGUUCAUUUUCCCAUCAGACACUUACACACCUUCACUGCAACCUUCACAGAGCCCCUUUGUGCAGCUUUCUUUAUUGAUAAGGAUGAACGUAUCACGAUAACGAGUUCAUAGUCGGUCCUUACAAACUGGCUACGAUCAUCCAGCCAUUUUACAACUAGUGACUUAAUCACUCAGUCAUUCAAAGGAAAGCAAAAUCUUUCCAUUUACACAGUCAACGUUUGAGUUAGUGAAGGAGAAUACAGACACUGCUAUUUUUUAAUUUUUUUUUGAAAAGCCUAAUAUUCCCUUUUCUUCACUCGCUGUAAAGGAAUAACACAAAUUUGAUCCAUUUUUUUCUUCAUGUUUUGACUUGGAGUAGAAUGUGCGGCGUUCCCAAUGCAUUUGUGUGAACGUUAUUAUAAGGAUUUUGAGCUUAUUCGCUUUUUUAAACGCACUGCUGUUAUUCUGAACGCAACGGUUUCAUCUACGGUCUUGUACAUAAAUAGUCGCCAUGUGCUAAGAAUUUGAAUUAUAUCUAUAAAACAAACAUCAACCCAGUUUUAAAUUAACUUCACACUUUGCUCUACCUAAGGAGAAGUUAAGCCGAACUAAAGAAGUAGCUAGAAAUGUUGUAUAUUAUGUUUUGUGCUUCUGUACCAGCCCAAGGCAACCACAGCC